ACCCAGCCCCCACGAAAUUCGUGAUGCACCGAUAUUAAUCGGUGACGCAGCUCGCUCGUAACAGACCCGCGAAUAUGAGAUAGCCAUAAUCGUUGUUAUCUCAACGUACUGCAGUAUAGAUAACAUACCAAAAACUACAAGUUGUAGUGGUUCGGAUUUUGACAUGUUUUUUUAUUCGUGUAGAAUAUAUUCCCAUUCAUGAAAUUGCGCGUUCUGUUUCAUAAGUGAUUUUACGCGAUGAAAAUCGAAUCGAUUCAUUAACACUCGAGUGAAGUAAACAUGAAUCAGACGUUAUCCAAUGGUAUUGAUAAACCGUAUGACACCGUCGGAUUCUACAUUGGAUUGGGUUUGGCCAUAAGCUCCAGUAUUUUUAUAGGUGGAAGUUUCAUUAUCAAAAAGAAAGCUCUCAUCCGGAUACAACAACAGGGUUCGGUACGUGCUGGUUCAGGAGGAUUUGCAUACCUCAAGGAAUGGAUAUGGUGGGCAGGUUUAUUGUCUAUGGGAAUUGGGGAAGCAGCAAAUUUUGCCGCUUAUGCUUUUGCUCCAGCAUCUCUUGUCACACCUCUCGGGGCUCUUAGCGUCUUGGUUGCAGCUGUAUUGGCAUCUAAGUUCUUGAAUGAAAACUUGAAUCUGCUGGGAAAGAUUGGGUGCUUCCUGUGUGUGAUUGGUUCUACAAUGAUAGUACUUCACGCCCCAAAAGAGGAGGAGAUCGAAAAUCUUGAAGUCCUUCUAUCAAAAAUUCAAGAGCCUGGUUUCAUAUGUUACAUUGUGAUAAUAAUUACCGCUAGUACCUUUAUAGUUUACCAAUUCGAAUCAACUCACGGUAGACAGAAUGUCGUAAUCUAUGUGCUGAUCUGCUCUUCUAUUGGUUCUUUAACCGUGAUGAGCUGCAAAGGUCUUGGUCUUGCAUUGAAAGAAACUAUUUCGGGGAACACAAACGAAUUGAGAAACUGGCUUACUUGGGCCCUCCUACUCACUGUAAUUUUAUGCGUGAGUGUGCAAAUGAACUACCUGAACAAGGCGCUAGACUUAUUCAACACAGGGAUAGUGACUCCCGUUUACUAUGUAUUCUUCACGACUUUCGUGAUAAUGGCGUCGGCGAUACUCUUCCAGGAAUGGAGGCACAUGUCCGCAACUAAUAUCUUAGGCUCAAUUUGCGGAUUCUCCACUGUGCUUGUUGCCAUUGUUUUAUUAAAUGCGUUCAAAGAUUUGGAUAUCAAUUAUCGCAGUAUUCAAGGAAUUUUGAGGCCAAGGAGAGAGCUUGUCACCCCUCAUGACUUUAGGUGGGAAGCGAGAGAGCAAGCCGUCCUCAUUGGUAGCCACUCUGAAUCUGAUCAGGAUAAUACUUAUGGAACUCCUAGUAUUACCAGAACUGUGUGACAAUUGGUAUUCUAAUUUAAAAUAAUCAAACAUCUUGAAUGAUUGAAAGUAGAUGUGUACUGCAAUUUUUAUAGAGGCUAUGCGAGAGGCAUAGAAUUACUGUACUUACAAGGAGAAAUAAGAUGCAAGCAGAGACUAAUUGUAAUACGGGUGACAAUAUUUUUACAUAGAAUACAGUAGAUGUUGAAUAGAUGGAAUCGUGCAGCACAUUAUCAUGAAUGCAUUCCAGUUGCUGAGCAGCUCUUUCUGUCUUUUCAAUGUAGGCUGGGAACAGGGUUUACCAUGUGGCUUAAAGCUCGAUGUGUUUUCGUUCAACUAGUUAUACGAAUUGUGAUAAUAAAUCAUAAUCACUUAAUUCUUCGAAUUUAAAUAGUUCUAAGUGAAAGACUGUUUCCGGAUAAAAUAAGUUGAUGUAUC